AUGAGAAAGUUAGGUGUCACUGAAUAUACAGCAUAUAUGUGUAAAAGAAAAACGUCAGUAGCCACAGCACGAGUUUUAAUCAAAUUUAAGUGUCCUGAUCCUGAACCUGAUGCUACUCUUGCUGACGUCAACAGUUCUAUAGUUGAUGCUAUUGUUGAAACCAUCUGGCCAUGUUGGUCCCGUCGUGAUGCCAGCACUAUGACAGAUGAUUUGGUUCCAGUCACACCAACGUUAUCAGGCAAUAUUGAAGCUGGACAUAGAAUUACUGGCCCCAUAGUCCUACUGGGUUACAAGAUAGGAGAGCCAGUGUAUCAAGUAACCAUGGCACUGCCCACUGCCUUGCAAGGUGAAGAUCCCGGGCCAUACGAAUUUCAUAACCCAGCUUUGUUCCCAAAAGUGCUAGUAGCCGAAUGUGGAUUAAUGCAGGUGGACAUCACAAUCCGCACAGGAGUAAGUAUCUAUACUUCAUAUCAAUAUCAAUAA